CAGCUUUAGGGUUGUCCUCGGACGUACCCCGUUUCCUGAGUCCCGCAAGGCGGCGGAGACAUCUCUUUUGACUAAAAGACUCAGCGUCCAGUGCUCCAGUGGAAAGAUCUAAGGGGCCCGCCACUAGCGCCGCCACCAUGCCCAACUUCUCUGGUAACUGGAAGAUCAUCCGAUCGGAGAACUUCGAGGAUUUGCUCAAAGUUCUGGGGGUGAAUGUGAUGCUGAGGAAGAUCGCAGUGGCUGCAGCGUCCAAGCCAGCAGUGGAGAUCAAACAGGAGGGGGACACUUUCUACAUCAAGACCUCUACCACCGUGCGUACCACGGAGAUCAACUUCAAGAUCGGAGAGGAGUUUGAAGAGCAGACUGUGGAUGGGAGACCCUGUAAGAGCCUGGUGAAAUGGGAGAGUGAGAACAAAAUGGUCUGCGAGCAGAGGCUGUUGAAGGGAGAGGGUCCCAAGACCUCCUGGACCAGAGAACUGACCAACGAUGGAGAGCUGAUCCUGACCAUGACGGCGGAUGACAUUGUGUGCACCAGGGUCUAUGUCCGGGAGUAAGCGGCUGUGGCCCGAGAACCGCCAGAGCCACCGCCGGUCCUUGCUCCCUGCGUCCUGCCCCUCCCCCACCCCUUCCUCUAGGCUAGCUCUCCCCUCACCCCAGUCACUUCUGGGGGUUCUGGGUUGCCUUCUGCAGGGGCUCUCCUUUUAUUGACCCCUCCUCUCCUCCCA